AUGCUUAACGACAGAAACACCGAAAAGCUGGAUCUACCGUCGAUUUCCCAGGUACCGACCCGGGGCCAGGCCGACUUUCCAUACUACAACGCACCACGCCCAGCGUACAUGCCCGAGAGACUACCUUCCUUGCCCCCAGUCCACUCGCAACAGGCCUACUCGACCAGUACGGGCUCUCCCCCGGGCAGCUCCUUGGGUUCGUCAACAAGCUCUCACGCAGGGUCUCAUUCCUCUUAUACGUCAGCUGCCCCGUCCCUCGGAGCAAAGACGCCCCCAACUCCAGUGUCUUCAGAGUAUCCUGCCAUUCCAGGAUCCGUCACUGCUGGAGGCGGCUACGAGGCAUACCCAGCGAUGAACCAGGCACCGCACCCAGACCCGAACAUGUACUAUCCACCCCAAACUCACAUGCCUGGCGGCUCUGCACCACCUCCAGUCACCUCAUCAAUGCCACAUUAUUCUGCCACACAACCGCCUCUGUUGCAGCCUGGGCCAGCUCAGUACUCAGCACCCCCUCAUCCAUACUCUCAGUACGGCUACGCGAAUGGUCUCACUUCUCCGCCUGCGGCUCCAGUGUCUGGUGGCAUGCCGCAAAAUGUGCUCCCGCUUCCAGGACAACCUGGAAUGCCUAACCAGUACAGUGGUUUUGACACGACUGGCCAAGUGGCACCUCCAGGCAUGAAACCCAGAGUAACAGCAACACUUUGGGAGGAUGAAGGCAGCUUGUGCUUCCAGGUCGAGGCCAGAGGCAUCUGUGUAGCACGCAGAGAAGACAACCACAUGAUCAACGGUACCAAAUUGCUCAACGUCGCAGGUAUGACCCGGGGCAGACGGGAUGGAAUCUUGAAGAGUGAGAAGGUUCGGCAUGUUGUUAAAAUCGGUCCUAUGCACCUGAAGGGUGUCUGGAUCCCUUUUGAGAGAGCUCUGGAUUUCGCCAACAAGGAGAAAAUCACUGAGUUGCUGUACCCCUUGUUUGUGCACAACAUUGGUGCGCUUCUUUACCACCCAACCAACCAGAACCGCACGACGCAAGUCAUGCAGGCUGCAGAGCGCCGCAAGCAGGAGCAGCAGACGCAAAUGCGAAACACACAACCACCGGCACCAUUACCCUCACUGCAGCAACAAACUCACCAUCACUCAAUGGGACUUCCGCAACCUCCUCUCUCAUCCCACGGCCGACCUUCCCUCGACCGUGCGCACACGUUCCCCACCCCUCCCACGAGUGCCUCUAGCGUGAUGGGAAGCAUGGGGGGAGAAAACUAUCAGUGGCCGCAACAACAGGGGAUGAAUGGUUCUCAAGGUACUCAUCCCAUGUCCAUCGAUACUAGCCUUAGCAACACUCGCUCAAUGCCCGCAACUCCAGCGACCACACCCCCUGGAAGCAGCAUACAGAGCAUGUCUUCCUACCCUCCCGCGACCCAGCCGUAUGACAACUCUCGGCAAUACAACGCGCCGCCACUGCAGUCACCGUACCAGACUGCAAAUACCAGCCCACAGGAUCGCUCGAUGUACGCUCAGAGCAAUUAUGUCAAGAGUGAGAUGGGUCCGCCAUCAAGUCGUCCUUCGAUAUCAGGUCUUCCUACAGACCAAGACAACAAGCCCGCCAACGGCUACUCGAGCCAAGGCAGUGAGCACGUGGGCCAGCAAGGCCCCGAGGACGAAGCAGAACACGAGCAUGAGGCUGAGUACACCCAUGACCGGAGCACAUAUGAUACUGGGAACAGCCAGUACAAUUACAGCGCUCCUCCUUUGGCCCCUAUUCAGUCUGACCAUCCACACCUGUCUCCUGAGAUGGCCGGAUCUGCGGGCCACCAGGGAGCUUCAGGUCGGUCAACGCCGCGCAGCGCAGCACCUCCUCAGGCGUACUACCCUCAACAAGGGUACAACACCUCACCCCGGACGUCAUCGCAGUCUGGCAUGUACAACGUUGUGAGCAAUGACAGGGCCCCGACAAAUGGUGACUAUGCGUCCCACACCGACAUGAACAAUUCGAUGCAGAACGGCUACGCCCCAGCGCCCAUGAAUGGGGCCGGCGGGAUGAAGCGCGGCCGGGACGAUGAAGAGGAGCAGCGGCCCCUGAGCGGCGGACCCGGCAUGGACAUGAAGCGAAGGAAGACGUUGGCACUCGACACGGCGCCCGCGCAGGUUUACCAACCGGCACCUGCCGUCGCUGCCCCUACACGACGACGAUAG